UUUAGGAAGAGCGCUAAAGUUCCGCAACGUUCUCGUCUUGGAGAAUAGAGCUUGGUUUUAGCGAUACUUCGUUGUUGUCACUUUAACGUGGAGUAUUUGGUGAAACCCAAACACGAAAAACACUUUUUAUCGCGAGAGUUCUUGUCUGUUGACUAUAACUAUGUUUACGACUUCCGAAAAAGGUCGUCCAGUUAUUAUUGUUGGUGGAGGACUAGCUGGUUUGACCACAGCUUUAGCUCUUCACCGUGCUGGAGUACGCUGUUUUGUGUUUGAACAACAAGAGGAACUAACUGCUGUGGAACCUAGUGCUGCAGUAUCGCUGUGGUCAAAUGCUUCCGCUAUUCUUGAUCGACUGGGAGCUGGAACAAAGGCUAGAAUGCAUGGAAUGCCAACUUUAGAACUACAGAUAUACGAUGUUAAGAACCGAACUUUGCUGAAGAAAUGGAAUCUGUUAAAAGAACACUUAUCCUAUAACGGUACAGAAAUUGUGCCAGUUCCAAGGGAUAUUUUACGACAGAUUCUUUCCGAACUUUUACCGCCAGACACAGUUUUCUUCGGAGCGAAAUUUCAAUCUUAUUUGGAUCGAGGCAGCUAUGUGCAAGUAAGAUUUGACAAAUAUGGUGAAUUUGAAGGAUCUUUCUUGAUCGGUUGUGACGGAGUUUUUAGCAAAGUUCGUAAGACUAUGGGCAUUAAUCUAGAGCCAAAGUAUGCGGGAUAUACGACAUGGAGAAGUAUAGUAAACUUUUCAGAUACAAAGCAUUUUCCAUUUUUUACUGGAAAAGAACUCUGGGGAGCUGGUUCACGUUUUGGCACAUUAGUUGUUAAUCCCGAUAGGAUUUAUUGGUAUGCAAUAGCAAAUGCAGCACCGGGACAAAUAUUUUUGAGACCUUUCAGACCGCAAUUGUUACAACGCUUUCAAGGGUGGCCUUUUCUUUGUGAGGACCUCAUUCGUAAUAGUAACGAAUUUGACAUAAGAAGAUAUGAUGUUUAUAAUUGGCCAACACUUGGCAAUUGGACAAGAGGCCGUGCGACACUUGUAGGAGACGCAGCACAUCCCGUCACACCGAAUAUGCAUCAGGGAACUUGUAUGUCUAUAGAAGACGCAGCCUAUUUAGCCCAAAUGGUUUCCAAAUAUGGUCUUGAAGACAACAGAGCACUAGAAGUAUAUUCAGCUGUUCGUUCCCGUCACGCGCAAAGCAUAGUUCUUGCAAGUCGAGUUGUUGGUCAAUGGGGUAGUUGGCAACAUCCUGCAGCUCUCGGUGCUCGAAACCUUUUAUUAACUUAUCCUUUUAUUUACUGGAUUUGGCACAAGUUGUUGAAAAGGAGCAACGUGGAUUUUAAGUUUCCAUUUACACUACCUUUUACGUCUCUUUAACAACAUUGUGAAAACUCAUCAAUAUUGUAUUAUAUGAUACUUUAUUAUGUCCUGAAAUAAAUCUCCCUAUGGACUCUUCCAAAGAUAGAAAAGAUGAGAUCCAUUUUCAACGCACCUUCGGAAUGAAUGAAUGGCUGACAUGUUUA